AUGGAUAUCUCCACAGCGAUUCGGCAACUCGCGACAAGCUUGAUCGAUCUCGAGCUGGACAACAUACGAGCUAGAUCGAAGUUUCUCGACCACUCUACAUGCGACCCGGUAUCAAUAGGAGUUCAUGUCUACAACGAUGUCGGUGGACAACACUUUCUCUCCUACGAUACCUCGUCGCCACUACCUAGAGAAACAGGCUAUCUUUCCGAAUUCCUCAGCACCCGUGACCACGAACUCCAACAGACGAUACGGUCGUUGUCGCAUGAUGGGCUGUUGGCCUUGCACGAAUGUCUGUCUCGGGAGAUGGACGAGAUGGACGAUCAAGCUCGCAGCGAUGAUGGUGCCGAAGGUCCAAGUCCUCUCAGCGAGCUCAAUGGCCUUGAGAACGACAAGCGGACAUCGCAUCUCUCUUUGAGGAAAAAGAUCCAAGAGGUUUCCCGGGCGAAAAUGUUCCGCUUGAGUACUUCUCCUCUAAUCGCCAACCAGUUCUUUGGCGUGUUCUUGAUUUAUCUCGACGGUAAUGGCGAGUCGAUCCUCCAGAAGUCGUCUUGGCCAGUGUGGACCGACUACAAAGAUUUUAUCGAGACAAUGUCUGAGUAUCACUACAAGGUUACGAACAAGAAGAGCGGUGGCGUGGAGAACAUUAAGCAAACCUAUCUUGAAAGAAUUGACGACUUCAUCGAACCCGAGCCCGCCCCUCCAAGAAUCGCCCUCGCCAGGACAUACCAGACUUGGUUCAACAAUCUUGACACAAUGGACGAUGAGUGGGCUUACGUGACGGUCGACGCAUAG